AUAAGACGCUUGUAUCUAGUUACUGCAACUGUGUAAUCAAAUCAAUGGCGACUGUGUUGAUUCUUGUUUACAACAAGAUUGCUUAAGCAGACGAUGAGAAGAAAACAGUAUUUAAAAAUCCUAUGUCUAUGCUGUUGUGUUCUAUUCCUGUACAACCUCUACCACGCAAAUGUGUCGCCGUAUCCACACAAAAAUUACCAUGAAGAAAAUCCAUCAACCAAGUUGAACUCACGACCUGUCUUUCUUGUAGACACUCCAACUUGUAAAAUUCCAUUAUUUUCACCAUUUGAUAUUUCAAUUGUUCAAUUUUUGAAGCCUGGAAAGAAAAUUUCUUGUAACAAAUUUCUUCCAUACACUUACGAAGAUGGGACUAUUUUGCGAGUUAACUGGACAGCAAUUCACCAAUCACGUCAUAAAGAUACCUUCAAACAUUGCCGAUAUCAACCAAUCAUAAGACCAUUUGAAGCGGAGCAUCACAAUUAUUUUGACUACGGCGACUACAGUAAAAAGUUCUAUUCGUAUAUUGAAGUUCCAUAUGAAUUUGUAAGAGUUCGAUGCUAUAACAGAGCUAAUGGUAAAAUAUAUACCAAUUACCACCAGUUUAUUUACCGAAAGAAUGAUAUUGAAAAAGUAAAAUCGACAGCUUUCGAAAAACAUAGGGCGAAAGUUUCGGAAACUUUAAAUGUUUUAAUGGUUGGUGUUGAUUCCAUUUCUAGAUUGAAUUUUCAAAGAUAUAUGCGAAAGACAAAUGCCUUUUUAUCAAACAGACUAAACGCUUUUGACAUGAUGGGUUACAAUAAAGUAGCAGACAACACAUUUGUCAAUAUUGUUCCUAUGACGCUUGGAAAGUUUUUAGAAGAUGUCCCAUGGAACGAAUCACUUAGUGAUAUUUCAUUUGAUAGUUACAACUUUAUAUGGAAAAUGUUUUCUGAUCGUGGAUAUCGAACGUUAUAUGCUGAAGAUGCUCCAAAAAUUGCCAUUUUCGAUUAUCUUAAAGCUGGAUUUCAUAAAGCACCAGCUGACUAUUUCAACCGUCAUUUUAGCAUAGCUAUGACUAAAGACAAACAACUCUGGUAUAAUGAACAUAACUGUCUUGUCAACAGACUAGAAACUGAUGUAAUUUUGAAUUAUACAUUCCAAUUUGCUUCUAUUAUGCAAAAGAAUCCAUAUUUUGCUUUCGCUUUUAUCACUGGAUUAACCCACGAUUCUACAGAAAGUGCAGCCAUGGCUGACGAAUCAUAUUUCAGUUAUCUGAAAUCCCUUUAUGAGCAACACAUGCUUAACAAUACACUGCUAAUAUUUUACAGUGAUCACGGGAUGCGAUUCGGAAAACUAAGGGAGACUUAUAUUGGAAAAUUAGAGGAAAGACUUCCAUUUCUGUUUAUAGUUUUACCAGAAUGGUUCCGAAAGAAAUAUCCAGUAAUUAGCCAAAGUCUCCACAUCAACGAAAGACGUUUAAUAACACCAUUUGAUAUCUAUGAAACACUCCAGGACGUUUUAUUCUUUGGAACCGAUCAGCGGGAGCAGUCGUCUUCAAGGGGAAUAAGUUUGUUUCAAGAGGUGUCUGAUGAGCGCACCUGCUCUGAAAUUGGAAUUCUUCCGCAUUGGUGUACAUGUGCAAAAAAUGUACCUCUACCUCCUGAAGACAUAAAAAUUCGCGACUUCGGAGAGCGAAUUGUCACAUCAAUAAAUCAGAUUUUAUCAACAUAUGUAGAUUGUGCACGAUUGACCCUAGAAAAUGUACUUAGUGCCUCGAAGAUUUUACCGUAUGAUGAAAUUCUUCGAUUUAGGAAAAGUAAGAAUGACGUUAUAAACAGGAAAGUGACAUUCGGCGACAAAGUUAACUCGUUUGUACAUUACCAGCUUAUCGUCCAGACAAGUCCAGGUAACGGACGAUUUGAGGCCACUAUAAAAUAUGACGAACUCCACGACUCUUCAAAAAUUGCGAGUGAUAUUAGUAGAAUAAAUUUAUAUGGCAACCAAUCAAAUUGUGUAAAUGAUCAUUCCAUUAAGAAAUAUUGUUUUUGCAAUAUGUGAUACAAAUAAAAGAUUUUAUACUUUUUUA